GUCGAUACCUCACUGACUCUUCCAGCCGCAGUCAGAAGGGACUGAGGACUCAGAGGGAGAGAGUCGGCAACCGUCUCCAGAGAGAAGGCUGUUUCUCAGAAAGAAAGAAAAAAAAAAGGAUACGGCAGCUGGGAGGGUUUACAAAAGAGUAACAAGUGGUUAAUCAGAUUUAGGAGCUACAUUUUUUUUUUUUCCCUUUUUUGAAGUUUACAAAAGGAGACACGAUGAAGCUGAAGCUGAAGCUGCCAAAUCCGGGACUGGAUGACAGGAUCGCGUCCCACGGGGACCUGGAGAGGAUGGAGAAGGACGAGGCUGGGGACAGACCCCAGUGGGACAACAAAGCCCAGUACCUGCUCACCUGCGUGGGCUUCUGUGUGGGGCUCGGCAACGUCUGGAGGUUCCCCUACCUGUGUCAAAGUCACGGCGGAGGAGCGUUUAUGAUCCCGUUCCUGAUCCUGCUGGUUCUGGAGGGAAUCCCACUCCUGCACUUGGAGUUCGCCAUCGGUCAGCGUCUGAGGAAAGGCAGCGUGGGCGUAUGGAGAUCCAUCAAUCCUUAUCUGGCAGGAGUUGGCAUUGCCUCCAUGCUGGUGUCCUUCCUGGUGGGUGUCUACUACAACACCAUCAUGGCCUGGAUCAUGUGGUAUCUCUUCAACUCCUUCCAGGACCCUCUGCCCUGGAGCCAGUGUCCACUCAAUGCUAACAGGACAGGAUAUGUGGAGGAGUGUGCGCGGAGCACCACCGUCGACUACUUCUGGUACAGAGAAACGCUGAACACUUCGACAGCCAUCGAUGAGUCCGGGGGACUGCAGUGGUGGAUGGUUCUGGCCCUCAUCGCCGCCUGGACUGUGCUUUACAUCUGCUGCAUCAGGGGCAUCGAGACGACCGGCAAGGCUGUGUACAUCACCUCCACUUUGCCGUAUCUCGUCCUCACCAUCUUCCUCAUCCGGGGAUUGACUCUAAAAGGCUCUACAGAAGGAAUAAAGUACCUCUUCACGCCAGAUGUAGAUGAACUAAUGAAUCCUUCAACCUGGCUGGAUGCAGGAGCCCAAGUGUUUUACUCCUUUUCGCUGGCUUUUGGAGGUCUCAUCUCCUUCUCCAGCUACAACUCUGUGCACAAUAACUGCGAGCAGGACGCUGUCCUCAUCUCCAUCAUCAACGGCUGCACAUCGGUGUACUCGGCAACGGUUAUCUACUCCAUCAUCGGCUUCAGGGCAACACAGAAAUACGAUGACUGCUUCGGAGACAAUAUCUUGAAGUUGAUGAAUGCUUUCAACUACCCUGAGAACAACAUCACACAGAGCAACUACAACGAAAUUCUGACUCACCUCAACCACACGAGUCCGGAUGUCAUCCAGGGAUUGUCCUUACAGACCUGCGACAUGCAGACUUUCCUUAGCCAGGGUGUGGAAGGAACAGGACUGGCCUUCAUUGUCUUCACAGAAGCCAUCAUAGAGAUGCCGUUUUCCCCUCUUUGGUCUGUUCUCUUCUUCAUCAUGCUCUUCUGCCUCGGCCUCUCGACUAUGUUUGGCAGCAUUGAGGGUGUUAUAGCUCCUCUGCUGGAUCUCAAAGUGCUACCCAGGAGUUGGCCCAAAGAAGUUAUCAGUGGUCUGACGUGCUUCAUAUCUCUAGCUCUUGGACUCAUUUUCGCUCUUCGCUCUGGGAACUACUGGCUGGCUCUUUUUGACAAUUUUGCAGGCUCGAUUCCGCUCCUGGUCAUCGGAUUUUUUGAAAUGAUUUCUGUUGUCUACAUCUAUGGCAUGGAUAGGUUUAAUAAAGACCUUGAGUUUAUGAUCGGCCACAAACCCAAUAUCUUCUGGCAGGCGACGUGGAGAGUGAUUAGCCCCCUCAUCAUGAUUGUCAUUCUGAUUUUCUACUUUGUCACCCAAGUCACGAAGGAACUUACCUAUCUGGUCUGGGACCAGGAGGCGGAGAGCUUUCCCACCCUUGCUGAGCGUUACUACCCACAAUGGGUCUACGUCAUGAUCUUCAUCCUGGCUGGAGUUCCCAGUUUAGCCAUACCCUUCUUUGCCCUUUACAAGCUCAUCCAGAGGAAAUUCUGCAAAAAGGACUACAGUGACAGUACAGUGGACACAGUCUCUGCCAAAAUACAAAUGAAUGACAAAAUGAAGUUUUAGAUAACUGUUCUUCUUUUGGCUAUUUAAUAUCAACAAACUUGUAAAUUAUGUUUAUUGGACUUUGCUGGUGUGUUGUAAUGAUACAACAGUACGCCGACGACUCACUGUUAUCUUUGAAAGGCAAAGACACAGACUACUAAAUACUCCACAAGAACAGAGAGUUUUGUUCUCUCUGCCAUUGCUGCAAGAACGACGACUAAGUUCUUUCAGGCCAGGCCAAUUUGUACUUAACAACCCUUGUGCACAACUUCUAGAAAGCCAUCAUAGUUUUUCCAACAAUGUCUGUCAAGAACAAGCUUCAAGAACUCCUAAACCAGAGCUGUAAAAGCAGAAUCACGUCACUUUGUUCUUGCAUCCUUGGGAGAGCGAACAAAUGGCUCUGUUCUUACAAAGUUCUUACUAAAGGCCUACAAUGUAGGCCUUUAGUGUAAGGCCUACACUAAAACGUAUAGGCCUUACGUUUUAGUGUUUUUACUAAAGAAAACAUCCAAUUAUGCCAUGCAAUGACAGCAGUAAAGAUAUUAUUGACUAGGUUAAGGUAUAAAGGGAUUGUGAAUAAUACACUUGUGUAGUAUGAAAACUUGUCGCACUGGGUGUACAACAUUGGCAAUACAAACAGCAUCAGCGGCACAGGCUUGUACAUAAACAUGUACCAUAUUUUCCGCACUAUAAGGCGCACCUUCAAUGAAUGGCCUAUUUUAAAACUUUUUUCAUAUAUAAGGCGCAUAGAA